UAUGUGUUGUUGUUGUCCUCCUCAGUGAACACCCUUGGCAUCAGUGAUGAGCUGAAACAUAAGCUGCAGGAUGUGAUGGUGGACAGACACAAACUAACCCUGGGAAAGACUCUGGGAGAGGGAGAGUUUGGCUCUGUGAUGGAGGGAGCGUUAACGCAUGAGGAGUGUGUUCUCAAAGUGGCUGUGAAGACCAUGAAGAUUGCCAUCUGUACCCGCACUGAGAUGGAAGACUUCUUGACAGAAGCUGCUUGUAUGAAGGAGUUUGACCAUCAGAACGUCAUGAGACUGCUAGGUGUGUGUCUACAGACAGUAGAGAGUGAAGGUUACCCCUCCCCUGUGGUCAUCCUGCCCUUUAUGAAACACGGAGACCUACACAGCUACCUGCUCUACUCACGCCUUGGAGACUGCCCCGUGUACCUGCCGUCUCAGAUGCUGGUGAAGUUCAUGGUGGAUAUCGAAGGGAUGGAGUAUCUCAGCAGAAACAACUUCAUCCACAGAGACCUGGCUGCAAGGAACUGCAUGCUGAAUGAGAACAUGAAUGUGUGUGUUGCUGACUUCGGCCUCUCUAAGAAGAUAUAUAACGGAGACUACUACCGCCAGGGCCGCAUCUCUAAGAUGCCCGUCAAAUGGAUCGCCAUCGAGAGCCUGGCAGACCGCGUCUACACCACCAAGAGCGAUGUGUGGUCAUUUGGUGUGACCAUGUGGGAGAUAGCAUCGCGCGGCCAGACUCCGUACCCAGGUGUGGAGAACAGUGAGAUAUAUGACUACCUGAGACAAGGAAACCGUCUCAAACAGCCUCCAGACUGUCUGGACAGCAUUUAUUCCCUGAUGUUCUCCUGCUGGUUCUUGAGUCCUAAGGACCGUCCUCUGUUUGAGACUCUACGUGGGGAGCUGCAGAAGGCUCUCGAGGACCUGCCGGACUCCCAGGACCCAGAUGAGAUCCUCUAUGUCAACAUGGAGGAGUCGAUGGAGCUGGGGGCCGUGGGGGGACGCGACAUCCGGGGCCUGAAGGGCUUGGACUCUGUGGCCACGGUGGAGGUGCACCACACCCACCCUAGCCGCCACGUCCUCUGUCCCCAACACGACACCAACCGCCUGCUCUCUGACUCCCUGGAGAGUCUUAACCUGGUGUCCUCCUCUUCCGCCACGCUGCCCCUGGGGACAACCCUACAACCCUCCGGGUGCUCCACCCCGACAAGCACGGCAGAGGUACAGGAGGACAGGGGAGGGCCCAGGAAGGUACCCUGGUAGUGAUGAAGGGCUGUGCGCUCACCACUGUCACAGAGUCAAUACAGACUGGUCAAUACCAUCAGAACUAUACAAUCCUUCCUGUCGGUAUUCACUGUCAGUCUUGACAGACAGACUGGCCAAUACCAUUUAAUCCCAGUCAAAUCAUUUAGCAAGCCUUUUUUGCACAAACAUACUCCUACACACACCCAUACACACUCCUUUAGGCAUUCCACUUUGUGAUUGAAAUAGUGGGAUUGUCCAAAUAUAUAUAGCUACGUCCUCACAUCUCCUCCUUCUUAAGCACACUUCGUACCGUAAUGAGUAUACAGGCUAUUGGCCCUGAAACCCCUAAGACAGACCAGACAGUAAAGACCAGUACCCCUCAGGCAGUAAAGACCAGUUCCCCUCAGACAGUAAAGACCAGUACCCCUCAGACAGUAAAGACCAGUACCCCUCAGACAGUAAAGACCAGUACCCCUCAGACAGUAAAGACCAGUACCCCUCAGACAGUAAAGACCAGUACCCCUCAGACAGUAGAGACCAGUACCCCUCAGACAGUAAAGACCAGUACCCCUCAGACAGUAAAGACCAGUACCCCUCAGACAGUAAAGACCAG